AUGCUUGAGAGAGCGCUUCUGCCAGCACUCUUCUCACUGCUUCUCCUUGUCUCAGGUGGAUCUGCUCUACCUUACGCCUCUCCCGACAACUCUCGUGAUUCUACUCCAUCCGCACAGAACAGGCAGAUUGCUCCGUCUCAAGCAACGAGCAAACGGACCGUUUUGCCAUACCAGAUUGGUGGUGUUGUCGGUGCUUACGUUCUCACGGUGUUCAUCUGGGGAGUCCUGCUCCUCACUGUUGGUAGAAAGAUGAGACGAAAAGCGCUUGAACCUCCAAAGGAAUUGGAGUUGGAAUUGCAAGAUAAGCCGCCUCGUAUGAAUGGACUUGCGUCGCCGCCACUAUCAGCUCGCUCCGCGACAUCGUGGCUGAAGAAGUUUAAGAGGAAUGAUUCGGGUGUUGGCAGCACACCACAAAGUCCAAUCGUCUCGUCUCCCACCUCAUUCGACCAGACAGUCAUCGAUGCCCAACGGGAUCAAGCGCAAGCAGAAAUGGAGCGACUCUACGCGGCGGUCAUGGACCAUGAUGCCAAGAAGCACAACUCGCAAAGUAGCGUAGAGGCGCUCGAGGUGCCCAUUGUGCGAGAACCACAAGGUCGUGAACGAAGAAGACCUUCCGCCAUCAGCGUUGCCCGUUCCCAGGACGACACUCCAGCUUCCCCCGUCAAGGCUAUUUACCCACCAGACUACAAAAAUGGGCCCUCGACCGCGCCUCUUCCACGCGAUCGCAUACGAAGCGGAGAGCAACACCCCCCGCCAAGCCCUCGCAGCAUCCUUUCUAAGCGCUCGCAACAAUCUGCCUCCAACUCAACAAACGGUAGCAAAUCUGCACGCUUCAACCUCAAGAACCUGCGCAUUUCGGGCCCCAUUCAGAAGUACCCUGGAGAAGCUUCAGACGACGAGGCCAGACGGCCGCUCUCCCCACGCUUCUAUCAGCCCGGUGCACCACCCUCCCCGCCCACGCAAACGAAUUCUCCCACAAGUCCCUAUGACCCCACCGAAGAAUUGGACCAAGUUCAACCCCUACCCCGGCCCGCACCACAACGUCUCGCCGACCCGUCAAUCCAGCCCGGAAUCUCCAUUACAAGAUCCUCCUCCUCCCCCUCCUCAUCACCCAAUCACUCCCUUCCCCUCCGCUCCUUUGCCACACCACUCGCCUCCCCCGGCAUCCAAACCACAGUCCUCGACCGCCGCGUGGAUCAAUUAACGCUCGGUACACCGAAGACGGGGGUCCCGUUUACACCGUAUAGCCCAUACAUGCCCUUUACGCCCAUUACCCCUGUUACACCCAGUCAUCUCGUCAGUAAGCGAGACCGUAAGGCCAUUGCGAAGAUGGAGGGAAGGCGCGCAAAGAAGGAGGAGUUGGUGCAGAGUCCAAAGGAGAUUUUUGGGGACGCUUAUUAG